CCACCCCCACUCUGGCUCACGGCCGCCUCCAUGUCCAAUGCAUAGCGCUGGGAUUGUCUUAUAACGUGUGGGACGGUUCUGGCUCGGAAUUUUCAAUCUGCGAAUAUCGAUCGAGUCCCCGAGCGAAGCGCCGUUCCAAUGGCGACCUCUGCAGCUGGUCGGUACCCCCAGCCGCCCUCUUCCCCGCCUCCGGUAUAUCUCCGAUCCUCUCCUCCGAUCCCCCCAGUCCAUCGCGAAUUGCCUCAGCGGACCAGUUUGAAUCGCCCGCCGAGCAUGAGUGUGUCGAGAAAGCCGCUGCCCUCAUCCACAUCGACCCCGCACGGUCGUUCGGAAAGCCAAGAAUAUUCGGUUCCACAGGUCAGGAAUCACGAGGAGACUGAUCAGGCAGUGGACCUUCAGGACGACUACGCAUUAUCACUUUCCAUCGAUACACUUUCGGACCUAUCCCUCUCGGAUCAACCUCACAAGGAAGGGAAAGGUGUCGACGGGUCAUCUGAAAAUCGGUCAGAUCGCAAUGGGUCCCAAGCGGAAGCCCGGGUAUCCCGGCAUACGCCCACUAGCAGCGCCUCGUGGUCCGUUGUAGACCCCCGCGUGAAGGAUGGCAGUCUGCCAAAUACCAGUACGUCGUCGCUGGAUCAAGGUGAUCCAAAGGACAGCCAAACCGGCUCUUCACGCGGCAGUCUUGACAGUACCGCUCAGACAUCGGACUUGUGCGAGCCCCUGCAUUACCACCAUCGCCCCUACGAGACUACCGCGGCACCAUUACAGUCUCCCUCUGCAACCAAGUCUGGAGAGAAUCUUCCACGUUCGAACAGCCGCCCCGCGGGAAAACAUCGGACUCAUUCCGUAUACUCCUUAGCUUCAGAAACGGCCGAAGGACGCAAUAGGCUAUCUCCCCAUCCUCUGGCACGCGCAUCGUCCAGGGAUUCGAGCGCAUCUCCGGAUGUCCGCCCUGUAUCUUUCAUCGACCAGCUCAACAGCGUUUAUCCUCAAGCCGGCCCGGCUCCGGUGCAGUUUGGCAACUCUCAUCUUCAAUCGUCUAUCGGCAAUAAUGCAUCGUUACUCAGCCACAAGCAAACCUUCGAUAUGUAUCUGGCCAACGUCAAGAAAACCGACGACUCCGCGAUUCAGUACGAGUUCGCGAUCUUCAUGAUCAACGCCAUGCUUGAAAUGCCCCCCGACGGUUCCGAUGCCACAUCUUCCGUAUACGGCCCCAAAGCGACCGAAAUCACACGUGCUAGCCUCCUCCGAGAGUCAAAGUUAAUUCUACAGCGUCUGGCUGAUCGCAGCUAUCCUUUCGCACAAUACUACCUAGCCGAUGGCUACGCUUCGGGUCUAUUCGGUAACGGGAAGGAGGACUAUGAUCGGGCCUUUACCCUCUUUGUGGCUGCCAGUAAGCACGGACACGUCGAGGCAUGCUACAGGACGGCCCUCUGCUACGAGUUUGGCUGGGGUACCAAGGUCGAAGCUACGAGAGCUCAGCAGUUUUACCGUCAAGCAGCGUCGAAGAACCAUCCAGGUGCGAUGCUUCGUAUGGCAAAGGCUUGCCUGGAAGGUGACAUGGGCCUGGGGAAGCGUUACCGGGAGGGGAUCAAGUGGAUGAAACGCGCCACUGAUUCAGCUGACGCCCAGUACAACUCUGGCCCCUAUGAGCUAGGCCUACUACACGAGACUGGCUAUGGAGAUGACAUCUUCCUUGACCCUUCCUAUGCUGCCCAACUGUUCACCAAAUCCGCAGACUUGGGACACGCCGAGGCGAGCUAUCGCCUGGGCGACGCAUACGAGCACGGGAAGCUGAACUGUCCCCGGGACCCUGCCCUAUCAAUCCACUUCUACACUACCGCCGCACAAGGUGGACAUCCUCUGGCCAUGAUGGCGCUGUGUGCGUGGUACCUGAUCGGCGCAGAGCCUAUUCUGGAGAAAGACGAGGCCGAAGCAUACGAAUGGGCCAAACGCGCCGCUGAUACUGGGUUAUCCAAAGCCCAAUACGCCGUUGGGUAUUUUACCGAAACGGGAAUCGGCUGCCGCCGCGACAUCCUGCAGGCCAACGUUUGGUACGUGAAAGCAGCCGACCAGGGCGACAUGCGGGCCAAACACCGUCUCGCAACCAUCCAAGCCGCAGCGGACGGAGUCAGGCAAGGGCAGGUCCCUACCACCGGAAGCGACAGUCGCAAAAACAAAGCGAACAAAAAGUCCGAAGGAAAAAAGCGGUUCGGUAUAUUCUAGACUCGGAAUAUCCACCACUACCACGACACAUCCAAUCCCCAUCUGCCAUCUCAAUAACCCAGCCUUGCAAUCUACCAACAAC